AUGAGAGGAGUCUUAGCAGAAAACAAAGUCUGCGAAAUUAACGCUUGCGACGUCCGAGGUUGCUCGCUGAGCGAGGCUUUCCGGAGGCUGGAUAAGAAGGAGGAUCGCAUGGUCGAAGAGAAGUGGAUGCCUACAAUGGCUGAAAGAAAGAGGAAGGCAGACGCAGGAGCAGAAGAGGAAGCUCAAUGUGCUGAAGAGCAAUUGGCUGGAAGGAGUGGGGAGCUGGCAGAGGAAGCGGUGUCAGAGAAGCCAGAGAAGCCGACCGACUCCGUGCAUGCUCUUUUCGAAGGAUACAGGCGUGCUGUACCUGUCGUCUAUGUAGGUAACGACCUACCGGUUAACAGCGGAAAAAGGAAGAAGUGCGAUCUAGAUCAGAGUCAAGAGCCCGCCAGGCCCAAUACCUCCGUACCACAGGCGUCGGGUAGUGUGCUCGCGCAUAUCACGGGAAGAACAAAUAAGACGGCUCAAGCCUGCUCAGCGUCUCCCGACCUCACACGAUCACCCUUUGAUUCUGCUCAUUCUUCCGGAACACAAGGCGGCUGUCAGGCUGUCUCACGUCCCAACUCUAUCGCUAGAACGACACAGGAUGCGGGUCUAUCCAGCUCACCAGCUUUCGAUCGCCAACUACCAGCCCCCACUUCUGCCCGUUUCCUGGAGGUUGCGAAUGGAAGGGAAGACCCUCUAUCUUUGGUCUCCCAAGCUGGCUUAGGCCCUUAUGCCACCGCCGCAGUGCAGCCAUCUCCACCUCCGAAAUUUGCUCCAAAUCCAGCAUCGAUGCUUUGCCACAGAAAGCCAAGGGUAAACAGCGGAGCGCCAACCGUGGAGCAAUAG